AUGCGAUUGCUCUUCUUUGCUUACAUGGCUUCGGCCGCUAUGGCCAUUCUCACCGAAGAAGAGUACCCCUGGCAGCCACCGCAACCUGGUGAUUUGCGUUCACCGUGCCCUGGAAUCAACGCUCUCGCUAACCACGGGUUGCUUCCUCGAGAUGGACGCAACAUUGACUUGGACAUCCUCGGGACGGCUAGUCAACUCGGAUUUAAUAUGGAUCACGAGACGAUGCUUCUAGUUGGCAUUCCCGCCCUGAGAACCUCAACUACAGGCAACGCCUCAACUUUUCACCUCAGCGAUGUCGACCAGCACCUGCCACAAGUUAUUGAACACGACGGCAGCAUGACCCGGGAAGAUGCUUACUUUGGCGACUCGCUUCACUUCAGCCCGGCUGCAUGGGGUCGUACCCUUUCCGGAUGGGGCGAUGUUGAAAUCAUUGAUUUUGCUGCUGCUGCAAGAGAAAUAAAGGCUAGAUUCGAGUGGGGUGAGAAGUUCAACCCCGAAUUCAACGCCACGUUUGCGAGGAGCGGUUCACUACUUCAAUACGCUCUCCUGCUGUCAGCUUUUGGGAAUUAUGGCGACGCCAAUAAGACCCUCGUGCGUUAUUGGGUUGAGAACGAGAGAUUGCCACUGGACCUGGGCUGGCAGCCGCCCGUACAACCAAUCACUCACAACAUGAACGCUCUUAUUGCGGCCAACAUCUCUGCUCUUUGGGUAUAA